AUUACACUCCCUGCAUACUCCAACCUGCUGUCCUCUUUCUCUGUCAUUUCAUAUCAUAUCAUAUACUAAUAUUUGUUUAUAAAGUCGAUAUACAUACGACAGACAGACAUCUCUUCUUCAUCUCUGCUGCUGCCCUGAUCAGAAAUCAGCUCUCUAUCCUAAGUAGUUGUUCUUUUCUUUAUUACCACUCCCUCCCUAUCAUUAUUAGUAUAUUACAUACAUUGUUGUCGAGAUUUAAUUAUAUAAUUUAUAAUAUUAGUAGUAGCUAUGUAUCAUCAUCAGCAUCAGCAUCAGAGCAAUUCGUUUUCGAUGGUGUUGGCCAUGGCGAACGGCCACAGGGGAUUUGAUGACGACGAUGAACAGGAAAUGUACGGAUAUGGCUCUGCGCCCGCCGUCGAUUGCACGCUGUCGUUAGGGACGCCGUCGACGCGCCUCUCCGGCGACGCCGAUCAGAGUCAUAAUAAUAAUAAUAGUAAGGAGAUGAAGAAACGGUCUUCUUACAUGUCAGGUUUCGGCUGGAAUAUAUUGCCCAAGAAUACGGCGUCGUCUCAUCACACCGCCCCCAAGGGACGCUCCAAUGGCGCCGCCGGAGACCCGCUUCUGGCGCGGCGGUGCGCCAAUUGCGACACCACCUCCACUCCUCUCUGGAGGAACGGCCCGCGAGGCCCUAAGUCCCUCUGCAACGCCUGCGGGAUUCGUUUCAAGAAGGAAGAGCGGCGGGCGACGGCGGCGGCCGCCACCGGCGCCGACGCGCAAUACAUGAUGAACACUCCGUGGCCGCCGCCGUCGGCAACAAAUCACCACCACAAAACGACGUCGUGUUACCCCUCCCACUACCCCGGCGGCAACGAAUUCCGGUUCUCCGAGAACGACGGGAGCGGCGCCGACGCCGACGCCGGCGGGAUUCCGUUUCUUUCGUGGCGGUUCAACGUGACCGACCGGGCGAGCUUCGUGCAUGACUUCACAAGAUAACCAACCCAGCGGUCGACCUCGACCGUCGCCGUCACCGUCACCGUCACCGUCAGUCAGGCUUCAAUUAUUAAUUAAUUAAUUAACAUAGUAUGAUAAUGAUAGUAGUAGGAGUAUAAUUAUUAUUUAUUAGUAAGGGGGCCAGAAUCCCAUCUGACGAUGGCGAUUGAUGGACGGUUGAUAGGUAUGGGUCCAGAAAAAUUCUUUUUCUUUUCAGAUAUAUAUAUUUAUGUGUUGUGUGUGUUUUUUGAAUGUGUUUCAUUUCGAUGUUUACGUAUACACAUGACUUCAUUCUACUAUACUGUCUCUAUAUAUAUAUAUAUAUAUAUACAUAUGUUCUUUUUGCUCUUUGUCUUUUCUUUUUUCUUUAUGCAGACUGUCUCUAUAU